GUGUCGAGCCCUGUGUCAGACGCGGCUGGAAGGGGAGUAGGGCAAAGCUGAGGGACCGGGACCGGAGGGGGGUAGGCUCCCCGGAAAUUGCCUUCUUUUGGUUGGGCUGAGAAUGUUAGCGGGCUCACGUCGCAUUCUCACGGUGACUGUCAUUGGCACGGCAGAUUUUGGUGAAAGCUGGGAGGGCUUUUUGUAGGAGGUGUGGGAUUUCAGCCGAGAUUUUAAGAACUAAGAACGGGGGAAGGAAGGACCUCAUAGGGAGAGGCUUGGAGGGAGGAUUAAGUGGUGUCAUUCCUUCCGAGGGAAACUCGGCUCCCGCUGGUGAUCUCUGCCCUUCAGGACUGCAGACCGGGACCCCUCGUUCGGCCUCGAUUUCAAAUACCCUCUCUGUCUUUCCCCAGGAAAAAUGAUUUUCGUUUCGCUUCUUCAAAAGAGGAGUGAGCCGGCUGGGAUUAAAUAACAGGCUGUUUUCCCGCUUUGCCAAGAAAAGAAUAGUACAAUUUUCUGAUUUCCCCCAUGAGCUUGCGUAGCCCCUGGCACCUGCAGCUGACCGUUGCGGCCAGCCAGAUGCCAGCUCCACACGGUUCAGAGCCGCGCGAGCCCCGGGCACGGCCGCCAGGAGCCUGCUGUUGCGGAGGAAAGUCAGGCGCCCCGUGCCUCCUUAGCAUCAGGUCGUCAGUACUCCCGUCUCUAGUGGGGGGCUGUGGGGGCCGCACCCAGCUCACGCCUUGAAGCGGUUUCUUGGCUUCCUCUGCUUACCUCCUGGUGUCCUAGGCAGUGCUUUGCAAAGAGCCCCCCGGGUUUUGGGUCCCUCCCGGUGAGUACAGAGAGAGCAGGUCCCCUCCCUUAUGCCACUGACCUUCUGACUUGGCCCCAAGUCUGCACGUUGCCUUCCAGCCUCCCGUUGUGGGGUGUUGAUUUCUAUCCUCGUGUGUUCCUCCUGUGAUGAGGAAACUGAGGCCCAGAGAUAGAGAUGGGAAGCCACUCUCCUGCAUACGCGUGGCCGGGCUUGGCUACGAUCCGUACAACCCCGAGCUGCCCAAGCCCCCCGUGCAGAGGGAGAAUGGCGCCCUGGGCGGAGGGCAGGGGCCGCGCUCGGACAUCCUGGAGCUGGAGCUGGUCAACCAGGCCAUCGAGGCCGUGCGCUCGGAGGUGGAGCUGGAGCAGCGGCGGUACCAGGAGCUCCUGGAGACGGCCCGCGAGCACGGCUCUGCCGAGGCCCCGGUCGUGGCGCCCCGAGGCCCCGCUGCCGGCCUGGACGAGGACGCCUUCCCGCUGUCCUUCGACUACAGCCCCGGUGGCCAUCCCCUGCUAAGCCCCGAUGCCGGGUACCAGCCCACUCCUCUGGCCGCCGCCGCCGAGGUGGGCGGCAAGUACUCCCCGGCUGCGUUGGAUCGGGCUCAGGGCCGCGGCGGAGGUGCCGGCGGCGCCUUGGAGUAUGUGCCCAAGGCGGUGAGCCAGCCCCGGCGGUGCGGCCGCCCCGUGCCCAGCGGCAAGUACGUGGUGGACGACUCCAGGCCGUCCACAGACCUGGAGUAUGACCCUCUGUCCAACUUCUCUGCUCGGCUGCUCAGCAGGGCCAGCUCCAAGGAUGACAGGGCCCCCAAGAGGCCCCGGGGCUCCCGGGGCAGCGAGCCCUACACGCCCGCCCUCAAGAAGCCCUGUGACCCCUUUGCCAGCUGCGACGCCAGGUUCUCAGACUCUGACGACGACGCCACCGCCACCCCGGGCUCCAGGCCUGCCACCGCGAGCCCCCCGCCAGCCCAGGCAGCCGCCGAGAGCAAGGCCCCAGGAAAGCCAGCCUCCAGGGAGGGCCAAGAGACGGAGGAGGGUGGCCUGAGAGAGACCAAGGAGAUGGCCGUGCAGUGUGACGUGGAGGACCUUGGGCCGCCCCCCAAGGGUCUCGGCAGGGAGCCGGUGGCCAAGCCCAGCUCCCCGUCCAGGGCCUCGCAGGACCCCAGCGGCCCUAAGGAGGGGAGAGCCAAGAAGAAGAGAAGCGGGGCCCCGGCCGCCCCUGGACGCAAGGACAGCGCCCGGAGGAAGGAUCAGGGUAAAGACGGAGAGCAGGGCCGGCCGGCUGGGAAACCCCGUGCGGACCAGCGGGGCCCGCAGGCCAGCAGCCCCCGGCACGGGGCCAGGCAGCCCGAAGGGACCAAGAAGAAGCCAUCUUCGGCCACCCCGGUGGCCAGCUCAGGGAACAGCCGGCCCGACCGCAGGGGCUUCCACCAGCUGCCAAGCAGGACAGGCGGGAAGACCCCGUCGGGGAAGCUGGUGGAGCGGAAGGCCCGCUCGCUGGACGAGGGUGCCUCCCGGGACGCCCCCAAGCUGCAGAAGCGGGCCCUGAGCCACGCUGACCUCUUCGGGGACGAGAGUGAGGAUGAGGGCCCCGGCCCAGGGCCUGCGGCGCCCCCCGCCCUGCCCUGCCUCAGCUCCAGCUCCGACUCGGAUUCGGACUCGGACCAAAGCGUGGGCUGCUCCCUUGCUCAGGGGCCACGCAAGCGCCUCAAAGCCCCGCAGCCCCCCUGUCCUGCCCCCGCCUCCCCCUCGUCCUCGUCCUCUGCCUCCGGGGCCGGUGGCGAGGUGGACUACGCAGCCCUGGAGAAGGAGGUCGACUUCGACUCCGACCCCAUGGAGGAGUGUCUGCGCAUCUUCAACGAGUCCACAAGCGUGAAGACCGAGGACAGGGGCCGGCGGGCCCGGCAGCCUCCCAAGGAAGAGCAGGGGGAAGACCAGGGGCGCUCGGGCCUCACCACUCUGUUCCCCGGGCAGAAGAGGAGAAUUUCUCAUCUCUCCAAGCAAGGCAAGGAGGCGGAGCCGGGCAGGAGAGGCCCGGCACUGCCUGCCCGGCCUCCCACCGCCCAGGAGGUGUGCUACCAGCGGGCCCAGCAGGCCCAGCGGGACUCGGCCGCCUGGCUCCAGGCUGCCCAGCAGCCAGCCGAGAAGCCAGCGUCCUCCGUCCACAUCUCCGCCCCGGGAGAGAAGAGGAGGAUUGCCCAUGUCCCCAACCCCCGCCUGGCUGCAGCCCCCACAGGUGCCAGGAGGACCCUCGCCGCCAGCAGCAGCCAGCCUCCCAAUGGCCCCGAGCCGGGCAGCCAACCCCUGAAGGCGCGCACGUUGUCGGGCAUGGCGUCCAAGACGACCACCACCGUCACCCCCAAGCGUGUUGCCCACAGCCCGUCUUUACAGAGUUUAAAGAAGCCCAUUAUCCCCAAAGAGUUUGGGGGCAAAGUCCCCACUGUCAUCCGCCAGCGGUAUCUCAACUUGUUCAUUGAGGAGUGCCUCAAGUUCUGCUCUUCAAGUCAGGAAGCCAUAGAGAAGGCGCUGAACGAGGAGAAAGUGGCCUACGACCGGAGCCCCAGCAAGAACAUCUAUCUGAAUGUCGCCGUGAACACCCUCAAGAAGCUCCGGGGCCUGGCUCCCAGCCCCACGCCGGGCCUCAAAACCGGCAGUAGGAGGGUCGUGUCCCACGAGAUGGUGCUGGGGGGCAAGUUGGCCACUAAAACUAGCUUCUCGCUCAGCCGCCCGAGCAGCCCCCGGGUGGAGGACCUGAAAGGGGCUGCGCUGUACGGCCGCCUCAAGGAGUACCUGCUCACGGAGGAGCAGCUCAAGGAGCACGGCUACCCCUUCCCGCACCCCGAGCGGCCGGGGGGCGCCGUGCUCUUCACAGCCGAGGACAAGAAGCCCAAGGACUCCGCCUGCCGAAUCUGCUGCCGCUGUGGCGCCGAGUACCUCGUGUCCCCGUCCGGCCGCUGCGUGCGCGCAGAGGAGUGUCACUACCACUGGGGGCGGCUCCGCCGGAACCGAGUGGCCGGCGGCUGGGAGACCCAGUACACGUGCUGCUCCGCCGCCAUCGGCUCCACCGGCUGUCAGGUCGCCAAGCAACACGUGCAGGAUGGCAGGAAGGAAAACCUCGAAGGCUUUGUGAAAACUUUUGAUAAAGAGCUCGCAGAAGAUGCCCACCCCGGCAUUUACGCCCUGGACUGCGAGAUGUCCUACACCACGCGCGGCCUGGAGCUGACGCGCGUCACGGUGGUGGACGCGGACGCGCAGGUGGUGUACGACACCUUCGUCAGGCCGGACAACGAGGUCGUGGACUACAACACCAGGUUUUCGGGGGUCACUGAGGCUGACCUCGUGGACACGAGCAUCUCGCUCCGCGACGUGCAGGCCGUCCUCCUGAGCAUGUUCAGCGCCGACACCGUCCUCAUCGGGCACAGCCUGGAGAGCGACCUCCUGGCCUUGAAGGUCAUUCACAGCACCGUGGUGGACACGUCUGUGCUCUUCCCGCACCGCCUGGGCCUCCCCUACAAGCGCUCCCUGCGGAACCUCAUGGCCGACUACCUCAGACAGAUCAUCCAGGACAACGUGGACGGGCACAGCUCCAGCGAGGACGCCAGCGCCUGCAUGCACCUGGUGAUCUGGAAGAUCCGAGAAGACGCCAAGACCAAGCGGUGACCGCCGCCCGCCCGCCCUCCCCACAGCCCCGGCCCGGGCUCUACCCCAGGCCUCUUCCGACAGUGCAAUAAAUCUCGAGAGCUAACCCUGUCCACGUCGCCAAGACAUGGAAGCAGAGCGGGACGAGCCGGCGGCACGAGAGCCCCGUGCUGAGGCCACCUGGAGCCCUGACCCCCAACCCGGCCCCUGGCGCCGCCCCCGCCUCCCCCCCUUGUUCCCCGGAGACUGCUGCUCACUCCCGGACGGGACCGCGACAGACCCACCCGGCGCCCAGAGGGCCCUGCGGAGUCCCGGGCCGCCCGGCCUCCCACCCCUGCCCUUCUCCUCCUGCCGGGCAGGCUUCUCACGGGUGCGUUUGAGACAGGGCUUGUCUUUUUUAUUUUGUAUUGUUAUUUUUAUUAUUUGUAAUUUAAAUCUGGCAACUCGCACAGUUGUCUUUCCCCACCCAGAGAAGCAGGACCCUGGUGCUGCCUUCCCUGUUGGGGGCAGGGGAGCGGGGGGGAGAAGUCGGGGGGCCGGGCCCGGCACCUUGGCAGCCACCAGGAUGGAGAGUCCAGCCUGGCCCAGGCUGAGCUGGUGGAAACUGGCCUCCCCAAACCUACCGGGACUCCGCGACAUCUGGGAACCGAGCCAGCCCCCCUGCCACCCUCCAGGGUCUCGCCUUUGGGACCCCUCCAGGGCCCACCAGCCUCUGGACCCUGUCUUCCUGCUGGAGCCCUGCUUUCCCCCCCGGGGCUGUCUGUGAAGGCCUGCAGUCCCCCUAGGGCCCUGAUCCCUGGUCCCCAGACCCGAGGCAGGAACAGAAUAAAUGUUUGUAUGGAUUUUA